AUGAACAUAUCGACGCUGGACGACUGGUGGAGGAGGAAGAACUGCUCGACUACAGAGCAGACCGGUUUUAUCCUGUUCACCUGGGCGAGGUGUUUAGGGAUCGAUACCAAGCAAUUGCGAAGCUUGGCUUUGGUUCGUCAUCUACCACUUGGCUCGCUCGAGACUUGGACUAAUCUUGAUAGAGCACACCAGUAUGUCGCGCUGAAAGUAUAUGUGCGUACAUCGUUAGUUCACCGUGAACUGCCGUCAUACCACCAUAUCGCCAGUCGUAUGAAGGACAGUACACACGAAGGACGAGGCAAUGUGCGCCGACUGUUGGAUUCGUUCGUCGUUAACGGUCCUGAUGGCGACCAUGUUGUCCUUGUCUUUGAACCCGCACAAAUGAGCCUCCGCGACAUGAAAGUCGUAUUCCGCCCGGAAGGAUUUGACGAAGACUUCGUCAGGGGUGCUAUCAUUGAGCUCUUGAAGGCUCUCGAUUUCCUGCAUACACAUGGGGAGAUCGUCCACACCGGUAUCUGUCCUGUCGACCAAAGUCCACUGGAGCUCGACCCUGACUGCUACUAUUAUAUCCACCCCGGAAAUAUGCUGCUUGGUGUCUUCGAUAACAGCAUUUUUCAGGCCAUUGAGGAGAAAGAAUACACCGAUCCGGUGCCCCGGAAACAAGUGUCUCCUACUCGGAUAAUCUAUCUCUCCCGGCUGAUGCGACCUAAGGAAGGUCCAAUGCUGUUAUCGGACUUCGGUGAAGCCAGGAUCGGUCGUGAACCUCACGGUGGGGACAUCAUGCCGUUGGAAUACCGUGCCCCUGAGACGUUACUUUAUGUGGGCUGGAGCUAUCCAGUUGAUAUAUGGAGCGUCGGCCUCACGGCGUGGGACCUUCUGGAGCCAAAGAGGUUGUUUACUGCACGCGACGAUGAUGGCGAUCUCUACGAUGCUGCUCAUUUGGCUCAGAUUAUCGCGGCAUUAGGUCCUCCUCCUGUGGAAUUCCUCGCUAAAACCCCAGAGAGAAGAGCAGACUUUUGGGACGACGAAGGUACGUUGAGCACCCUGAGCUGUGGUCGUAUUCAACUCUAUUCCCAUGGUCUCCGUUCUCUACUAACCUUAUUCGCUACAGGGAAAUGGCUGGGCCUGGCGCCCAUACCAGAGGCUCGAACAAUGGAAGCCCUUGAAUGCCGCUUGAAAGACAAAGCAGGUUUCCUUAGUUUCAUUCGGAGGGCAUUGACCUGGAUGCCGGAAGAGAGAGCGACUGCUAAGGAGCUUCUACAAGAUCCUUGGUUGUCAGGGAGAAGUCGCUAG